AUGCUUCGUUGGCUGAAGGCUGAUAAUGAGCGUUCUAAGAAGACAGAAACCUUCCGUAACAUAUCAGAUGGAUUGGAACAAAUCUACAGGGAUAAGUUGCUUCCUAUAGAGGAAUACUAUGACUUCCAUCGCUUCUAUUCGGCUCCUCUUACUCCUGCUGACUUUACUGCUAAGCCUAUGGUGAUGCUUAUAGGACAAUAUUCCACUGGUAAGACUACAUUCAUAAGACAUCUCCUAGAGAGGGAUUAUCCUGGUAUGAGGAUUGGACCAGAGCCCACUACCGACAAGUUCUGCUGCAUUAUGGAUAGUAGCUCCUCAGGUGGAGGGGAUCAUGUUAUACCUGGCAAUGCAUUGGUAGUGGAUCGGACACUACCAUUCACACAACUCGGGCAGUUCGGCAACGGGUUCAUGAAUCGUUUUGAGGCGUCGAUGAUGGAGGGUUCACCAGUUUUACAGGGUGUAUCAUUUAUCGAUACACCCGGCAUAUUAUCAGGGGAAAAACAGAGGCUGCAGAGGGGUUAUGAUUUUGAAGGUGUGGUAAACUGGUUUGCUGAUAGAGUCGAUAUGAUACUGCUACUAUUCGAUGCUCAUAAACUGGAUAUAUCUGAUGAAUUCCGUCGAUGCAUUCUAGCAUGUGGUCAGAACGAGAAUAAGAUUAGGAUUGUUCUUAAUAAAAGCGAUAUGGUAACUACUCAGCAGCUUAUGCGGGUGUAUGGUGCCCUUAUGUGGUCACUUGGUAAGGUUAUCAAUACUCCUGAGACAUCAAGAGUCUUCAUCGGGUCGUUCUGGGAUGAGAAGUUGAAUAAUGAUGAACAACGGAGCCUAUUCGAGAAGGAAGAGUCGGACCUAUAUGCAGAUAUAGCCAAGUUACCCGAAGAGGCUGCUCUCAGGAAACUAAAUGAUCUAAUAAAACGUGCAAGAUUAGCUAAGACCCAUGCCUGUCUGAUGACAUAUAUUAAACACGAGAUGCCCUCUAUGUUUGGGAAGAAUUCGAAGAAGCGUGAGCUCAUUGAUCAUCUAGAUAUGGUGUAUGAGCAAGUCUCCAAGAAAUACAACCUUCCUAUUGGUGACUUCCCUUCAGUGGAUUAUAUGCGCAAAGAGUUAGCACAUUACGAUUUCAGUANNNNUACCAUUCUCAGCCUGGCCCUCCAGAUAUAUCAGAGUGAGGAGUAUAUGACACUAUUCGAGUCAUGUGGUCCUGAUCCAGUUGAUGGUAAGCUGUCUGGUGCCCGAGCUAAGCAGGAGAUGCUCAAGAGCAAACUUCCGUCUGGAGUAUUGCACAGAAUAUGGAACUUAGCAGAUGUAGAUCGUGAUGGGAAGUUGGAUAUCAACGAGUUUGCCCUGGCCAUGCAUUUCGUACGUAUGCGUUUAGACGGCCACACACUGCCACAUGAGCUCCCAGAGAAUAUGGUGCCGAAGUAG